AAAAUCGCGUACCGUCAUCCCCAGACAGUGCCCCCGGUGCGUACACCAAUUAAACUCACGUGCACGGCGACACACAACGCGAGAUUUAAUUAAGAAUCUCCGAGAGUAAAUUGUUUUGUGUUUCCUUCAUUCUUUUUUUAAUUUUAAAUUUGUGAGUGAAGUAGUAGUCGCUUUCGAACGGAUACAGUACGUCGGCGGGACACAUUUGGAUACCGUAAACGAAACAGUCAUCCGUCAAGUAGAGCAAACUGUUCAGCUAUUGGAAUCGGAUAUUUUAAUACAAAUUAAACCCUAAAUGCAGACUAGUGGAAGUUAUUUAUGCAGGUCAGACAACUGCUCCCCAUUUUCUUCCAAAUAAGAUUGAAGGAAAAUGGGCUGAACGGAAAGCGCUUGGACAGAAGGCAAUACUUCAAUAAAUAGAGCGUUGGAGAUUGGAAAUGGAUAAAGAAAAUGGCAAGACAAGCGAGAAUUCUUCUGGUGCAAGCAAGGUGUCCAACGUUCAAGAUCCAGCAGCAUUACUCGAUGCCGCUAGCUUAUUCGGAGCCUAUUGGCCUAGAGGCGACGCCAGCGCCGCCAACCUGUUUGCCGCGGCGAGCGGUUUUGGAUUGCCGCCGCACGCGGCUGCCGCCCUCCCUUUCGGCAUGUUGCCGCCCGGCGCUGCCGCGGCGGCCACCCAAUCGUCCAGGGGCGGUAGCGGAGGAGGCGGCGCAGGCGGCACAUCGUCUAGCGGAACCGGUUUGCCGCCCAGUUAUCCGGCCGCCUCUUCGGCCUCGUCGGCUUCAGCAGCGGCGGCCGCUGCCGCCUACAGUAACGCCGCCUAUUCGAACACGUUGUCGGUCGCGGCCAGUCAGGCGGCCAGUCUCGGGAUGCCGGCAGCAAGUGCAGCCUGGUGGUCGAUGGCUUCCCACCUAGCGGCCCAGGACUACCUCGCGCGUCUCCAAGCCUCCGGACUGAAUUUCUCGAUGGGCGGGCCGGCGGACCCCUACGCCGCCCUGGGGCUCCCCUCUUUGGCGGCCAUGCAACAACACGGCAAGUCCAAAAGCUCCUCCAAGUCCUCGAUGUCGCGAUCCGCCGGUAACGCCGGCAAAGACAAGUUGACGGCCGCUUCGAUGACCUCCGGAUCCACCAAAAUGGACCAUCAACACAAUUCCAAGAUGAACUCGGGACUUAGUGUGAGCAAAUCGUCGUCGAACAAUUCGCUGAAAUACUCAUCGCCCACGGGACUCACCAUCCAGCCGAGCAUAAGUAAAAUUCCGAAUUCCUCAUCCGGUUCCUCGGUGGGAGGCGAGAGGGGCCGUAAGUCGUCCUCCUCCUCCUCCUCCACGUCCGCGAACGAUCUGAAUUAUUUAAGUAAAGUGGACAAUAAACAAAAAACGAGCGCGUCGACGAGCGUGAAACCGUCCUCGGACUCGCCCAGUAUAUUCACGAAUCCGCUCAGCAUGGCCAGUACUCAGGACAAAAGCGGUACUAGCGUCGCGUCCGUUUUAAAUAGUGCUAGUUUACAAAAUUCCGUCAAUAGUGGUAGUGUCGCAGGCUUACCGGCUAGUAUAUUAAGCGCUGCUUUAGAGGGAAGCAGCAGUGAUCCUAAUUCAAUUUUGGGCGGUGUUAGGUUACCACCCGACACCGAGAUCAUCAAGUACACGUCGUCAAUAGUCGGUCCGAAAGUGCCCGGCACGACCAACAGGGGGCGCAAGAAAACGAUCUCGUUGGACCCGCCCAGCGUCAGCGUGCUGCCGUCUGGCGGUUUAUCCGGCGGUUUGUAUAUCGAGAGGACGUCCAAAAGGCCUAAACUUAGUGAUCAUGACAUAACCCCACCGGGUACGCCCUCUUCGGACCGCGUAGAAGUGAUCAAACUACCGGCGACCAAUGGCAGCCCCUCGGGGAUCUCCAGUUAUUCAGGGGCCACGGAGGGGACCGGCGAGGCGCCCCUUAAUCUCUCCCUUAAACCAGCCUCCUUCACCUCGAAUACCGGCACCAGCUCCUCACUUAAUUCCCUUAGCAAUAUGAGCGCCAGCAUAGGCACAGAUCGAAUAUCUCGACGUAAACCGGGACCGAAACCGCGCAGGGUGAUCCCGAUGGAGUCGACCCCGCCCCCGACCACGCCCCCCGGCAUGACGCAGUCGCAGUACUAUCCGGGGGCGGAGUCGCCACGACCCCCCAGCCGUAACGAGGGAUCGGACGGGGGCAGUUCGACGUCCUCCACGUCGGCCACGACCUCGGGGGGCGGUCAGAUGGGACCGUUGUCCAAUCACAAGGAGGGACGGCCGAGGAACUUGGGCCGGGGCGUGAGCAAACCGAAGAAGAACACGGUCGCCUCGUUGUUGGCGCAAAGUCGCGCGUUAGGUAUCAAACCGGUACCGAUGUUGGACCCCAACGUCUCGAUGAACCAGCAAAUGAGCCUGCUCAAGUCGAACAUAUUAGCGGCGCAACAGUACAUCUCGGAGGCGGGCGGGGACGAGAAGGCGCUGAACAAGUUCCUGCAGGAGAGAUUCAAGGGGGCGCUGAGUGACGGUAGCGCGGCCGAGGCCUCCGAUUCCGAUAACUUGACCGAUUCGAAUCACACCGAUUCGGAGUUUGAGAGCGAGAGUUCGACCCACCAUCAGCAGGCGGUCGCCUCCAAGAGGCAGAAGCAGUACGACGAGAGGCUGCUCAGGGUGCCCCUCGAGAAAGGAUGGAGAAGAGAAACCAUAAUCAGAGGCGUAACGAAGAACGGAGGGAUCAAAGGGGACGUGACUUACGCGGCACCCGACUCGUCCAAUAAAUUUAAACAAAUGUCGGACGUCACGCAGUACUUAGAAUACCAAAAAAGCACCGAGCUGACCAAGGAGAACUUCACUUUCAGUUGUCGGGUCAUCAUUGGCGACUAUAUGCAACCGGUACCCCCGGAAAUGCAAAUGCAAACUGACGGAAACGAGUUCAUUUAUUUGACUGAGGAAGACGUUACUAAAAGGUUAGAAGAACUGAGGGCCGCAAUGCGAACAAGUUUACCGGUAGAACAACGAAUCGAGAUGGCGAGGAAGCAACAGGCCGCACGGGCGGCCGCCAGAUUGGAUCGGGAGCAACAGCGGCUGACUAAGGAGCUGGAGCGUACGGAGAGACAGGAGGCGGCCAGGAGGGAGAAAGAGGCCAGGACGCAGCAAAUGUUGGAGGCAAAGAGAAAGCGCCAAGAGGAAGCCGACAAACAAAAGCACGAAGAGCAUCAACGAAAGCAACAGGAGAGAGAACUUAAAAGACAACAAGCAGCGAUGCUGAAAGAACAAAUCUACAUACAGGAGAUCAAUAAACAACGAGAAAUGCUCUACACUGUCGAGCUGGAAAAAGAACGACGCCGUCAACACUUGGCUCUGAUCAAGGCGAUGGAGAACCGUCGAAAAAUGGAGGAAAAGGAGCGCAGAAAACAACAGCUGAUGGCCGAGAAGCAAGCGAACAAAGAAAAGAAACUCGAACAAAGAAAAGCCGACUUGGAAAUCCUUACCGAGCUACGGAAACCGUGCGAAGACUUGGAGUUGCAAAACCAAAAACCGUUACCGGAAUACGAACGGAUGCCCGGACUUAAACUGCCCGGCAAAGCUUUCGCCGAUUGUCUGAUGGUGUUUGAGUUUUUGCACAAUUUCGGUGAAACUUUAGGGUUCGACAUGGAAUCUUUGCCCACGUUAGAAUCGUUGCAGCAAGCCCUUUUGUCCAACGAGCACUCCUUCGAUGCGGAAGAGGAAUUGUUCUCUGUCAUGACCCAUUUGUUAGUAUGUGCCAUCGAAGAUCCCGGAAUACCGCAUCCCGCAAGGCACACGACUAUUUUAGGGCAAAGUUUACGCCAAGCGGAUAUUACUACGUCAAAUCUCUCGGAAAUUUUGAGGAUCUAUUUGUACGCCAACGCCACCGGGGAAAUUAAAGCUUUAACCGGGGUGCACUUUGAGCGAGAUAGAGAGAGACGGAUCGCGGAUCACCAUCAAACAGAGGAGGAGAUGCAACAAACUACCUCAGGGAAAAAUAGUCAUUAUUACGAGCUGCUGCACGACAAUGGCACCUACAAAAUGUCCGAACUGUUAAAAGAUAAACCUUUUAUGGCUCUAUCGCCAACAGAUAAGGCGGCAAUUUUGGCGUUUAUAUGCAACGAAUUAUUACAAAACAAAGCGGUUUUAAAGCAAAUCGAUCAUUCGAUGGCGACGAUGAUCGAAAACAAGCGGGACAAGUGGCUUUUGGACCAGAAAAUCAGGAAACUGAAAGUGUUGCAUAAUAGAAAAAUAAAAAGUGAGGCGAUCGAAAAGUCUCACGGGGAGGAUGGUACUUUGGACUCUCCACAUAUAUUGCAUAAAGAUGAACUAUUGGACGAGGAAGAGCAUGAGAUGAGCGACAAUGAGAGCGUGGGCACGCAACCGGAAGAGGAAGAAGAUGCCAAAUUGUCCACAGAAGAACUCGCCAAAAAACUGGAGAAACUCAUGCAAACUUCCGAAAACCAUCUUACGAGCAGCAAUACCGCUUUCUCGCAGCUUAGGGCGGUUACUUUCGGGGAAGAUCGGUACUUUAGGCGCUACUGGUCUCUAUCGAAAUCCGGCGGCAUUUUUGUCGAAGCGAUGGAAUCGGCUGAACCGGAAGAGUUCGAGGAGCAACUAAUAGGAGACCAUAAGGAGACCAUCAGUAAUGGCAUCCGAAGCCUCAACGAACUAAAUAGCGUUAUUGAAAACGUGGAAAAAAUUAACGAUCACACGGUGGACAAGGAAGUAAGUAAUAUUGUGAAAGUGGAAGCGGAGGGCAAGACGGCAACUGACGACAACGAAAACGAGCACCGAAAAACCCCGAAUCGAUUAGAGAACGUUGAAAAUGGAGAAAUCAUGGAUCGUAGCGAGAGGAACUUGGAACAACUGAAGCGGAGUGUGGACGAUAUCGUGCAAAACUUGGAGAGAAACCUCGAGCGGGAAAAAGAACAAAAGAUCAAAGAAACUUUAGACGUAAAAAUGGAAACGUACGCCGAACCGAUUUCGAACAGAAAGUUCAACCUGUUUGAGCGCCUGGGUCAGUGCAUGGAGCGCGAGAACAAAACCGAGGAAGACCUUAAAGCCGACGUGAAGGCGGAAGUAAAGGAGGAACUUAAAAAUGAAAUUCUCAAAGAAUUGAAGCAGGAAAUUAAAACGGAACAAUCGACCGUCAAGAGUGAAUACGACGAGAACGAGGAGGUCAAAUGGUUCAGCAUCCUGCCGAAAGACGGUUCCACUUGCGACGAGGUCCACUUAACCACGAACGGCAAGUGGGAGAACGGCGUGUGCCCCAAAGAAUGCAACGAGCCGAGGGUGCCGGUGUUCCCGAGCAAUCAGGCGAAUCACAACUACAACUGCGACAGUCCGGCACCGUUACAGAUGACCUCCGAGGAAAGCGCCCAGCUGGAACAUAUUAAGAAACACGGAAAACCCGCGUUGCCCAAUAAGAAAUCCGUACCGCCCGAGAAACGAUACGGUUGGUGGCGAAUGCGGAGCCUGGAUCAGCUGCGGGAAGUGCUGGACAACCUGCACGUGCGCGGAGUACGAGAGCGUGAGCUGAAAAGGAGUUUCUUGUUGACGAUGCAACAAAUGUACAACAAGGGCAAGCUGGUUAUAGAGCAGGGGCAUCCCGAGUUGACCGAUAUGACGGGUGAGGGCUUGGAGGAGGUCAUGAUGGCGGAAGGUGGAGCGCCGAUGCCCUACGAAGCCGGAUGGUGGAGCAAAGCGAUCGCCCAUAGGGUGGAUAUGUUUUUGUUGGAACAGGUGGAAGCGCUUGAGGAUAAGGUAGCGAGUGCGAGUAUGCAGGUGAAGGGUUGGAAGGUUCCAGAGAGGGAUACUUCGGAUGUACCGUACGGCGAGGUCGUCGCGGUUGUCAAGGAGAAGCUCGCCUCGUUGGAAAUGAACAUUGAAAGGCGAUACAUGAAGCCUCCCUUGGGGAUUAAUGCCAACUUCCGGUCGAGCUCGGGCGGCAACAGUACUACCACCAGCCAAACGCAAGACAACACGCAACAGUCUGGCAGCCCAUCGGAGCCCUCCACCCCGAACUCGGGUACCCCUAAUGCCUCCCAGUGCAGCCUCGGCACGGGAGACGACAUCCCAAAAGGUUUGGCAACGUGGCGGGAGGCCGUCCAACGGGCCUCCACCUCCGCCCAGUUGGCGAUGUGCCUCUACUCGCUGGAGUCGUCGAUCGCGUGGGACAAGAGCAUCAUGAAAGCUGUGAGCGAACAGGCUGAAUUUAGCAUACAGAACGCGCGCAAAUAUAACAGCAAGCUGAGUAACUGUCAAUUCUGCCAAAGCGGAGAUAACGAAGACAAGCUGCUGUUAUGUGAUAGUUGCGAUCGAGGCUACCACACUUAUUGUUUUAAGCCGAAAAUGGAUAAUAUACCUGACGGCGACUGGUACUGCCACGAAUGCAUGAACAAAGCCACGGGCGAGCGUAACUGCAUAGUCUGCGGCCGUAAAGUGUCCGCCACCGGAACCAGACUGAUCGCGUGCGAGAUCUGCCCUCGCGCCUACCACACCGACUGCAUUCAACCCCAAAUCCAUAAAGUUCCUCGCGGUAAAUGGUACUGUGCCACGUGCAUCUCGAAGAAACCGCCCAAGAAAGCGGUGAAAAAGAACAAGUCCGCACCGACUACGCCGGCUAAAGAGAGCGAGUCCUGCGAACAACCUCCACCACCCGCUAGUCCAACCCCUUCCCAUAGUUCAGUAACAACCAACGAAGACGUGCCCACAACGAACUGCAGCCAAGGGAGCGACGUGUCGAUCGUUUCGAACGCGAGCAGCGUGAUCACUGUGGAAGGUUCGCCCUCGGCCUCGGCAGCAGCCAAAAAGGAGAAAGACAAGGAAAAGGCCCAGAAAAAGUUAAUUAAAGAACUGGCACCGUGCAAAGCGAUCCUGGACGAGCUCGAGUUGCACGACGACGCGUGGCCCUUCCUCUUGCCGGUGAACACUAAGCAAUUUCCUACUUAUAAGAAAAUUAUUAAGAUUCCUAUGGACUUGAGCACUAUUAAGAAAAGACUACAGGAUUUAACUUACAAAUCCAGAGAAGACUUCUGCACGGACGUACGUCAGAUCUUCAAUAACUGCGAAACGUUUAACGAAGAUGACAGUCCGGUCGGUAAGGCGGGUCACUGUAUGCGUCAGUUUUUCGAGGCCAAGUGGAACGAAUUGUGCUCCAAUCACAGUUGAGGAUUGUUAAAUAUGUACAAGUUGACUAGCUGAUAGGUUCAUGCAUAUAUAAUAUUUACUUCGAGUUCCGGCACGGUUUUUCGUUUUUGUUUUCUUCUUUUUCGAGAAAAAAUAUAAUAUGGAUGUUGUGACUAUAGGGGAUAUAGGACCGAGGUUUGUACAGUGUUAAGGUGACCUUGAGGGCACUCACGUAGUGAUUAAAAUAUUGGUUACAGGGUGAUUAUGACACACGGUUUUUGCUGCUUAAAUGUUUUAUAUAGUUGCUUUCUCUUGGUGAAGUAAUAAAACGAUGAGUUUUUAAAGUGAUUUUAUGACUAUAGAUUGGGGAGGUGGGUUUCAUAUUCAUCGCGAUACCCCAUAAGACUGUAUAGGAUCGUUGUUUUAUUGAAAUUGCCUAAUUGAGCCUUUAAUUAAUGUAAAUUUUAUGUAAGCUUUGAUGUUGUCUUAGAAUCUUGGAAAGGGUUUAAAUACAAUAAUAAUUUAUAUAAAAUCAGUUUUUUCAGUAUUUUUUUAUCAGUGCUAAGCAAUCUGAGUGGGGCUCUUCAAUUAUAGUAUAUUACCUAAAAUUAAUUUUCCGAAUAUACAGUAUUGUGCAAAAAGGCAGCGAUUUGAUAUUCUUCUAUUACAAAUUAGACAAUGCAUUAUGGACUUGUGAGUAUUGGGUAGCAUUGGUGUAUGGGAGAAUAAGUAACAUUCUUCUGGAAAAUAACAUCCAUCUGCAGCAACAGAUAUAUCCACAUUUUUUCAUACACCCAAGUUUGCCUCAAGAGAAUUGACAAAAUUGUUGCUAUAUUUACGCACAAUACUGUACAUAAAAAUUGACAUUGUACAUAUGUAAUACAUAUGCCUAUAGUUUGUAAAUUUAACGAUCUAAUUUCUCAUUUCAAGAUGUGACAAACAUGAUGCGUAUUUUUUUAAGGUCCACAUCACUUAAUAAUAGACUUAAUAAUUAAUUUACUAGUUUGUGAUUUAAUUUUAAAUUAAAGCCGUCUUCGUAUUUUUUGAUAUUUUUAUGUAUUUUUUUAGCAAUCGAUUUUUAUUUAUUUAGGUUUAGGUAUUUGUUUGUGUCGCGUCAGAUCAAAUGUGACUAUUGUCAGUAUUUCGUUUAUAGUUUGCAAUUGAUAAAUCGAAUUUCGUAGGUCAAUUUUCACGUGUGUGAAGGGUCAAAUUGGACAUUUGAACGAUAUAUAUAUAAUAAAUUCAUGCUGUUUUGUGUACUUACGGUAGUAUUAAGUAACGGUUUUUUUUUUAAAUAAAUUUGACCCCGAAAUAAUUGAUUGCAUUUAAGUCGUGUAUGUUGAUCGAUUUUGUAUAAAUAUGUAAAAAAUAACAACCAAAAACGCGCAGUUACGCUCAAUUUCGAAAAAAAAAUUAUUAAAAAAAAAAUAAUGGUAACCGAUUCUCUCUAAAGCUGAUUUAAGAAAAGUCAUUUAUGUAAGCUGAAAUAUAAUGCAGACUUUUAAAAAUAAUAAUAAAAGAUAAAACUUAAUGAAUGUGUUUUGGUAGGCUAGUUCUGUGCAAACAAAUAAAAUUUGCAACAAACUUUAGAACUAGGAAUUAUGUAUUUGAGUGUAAGAUAUUUAUAUUAAUUAUAUUUACUUAUAAAUGUA